CCUUACAUAUCAAUAUAUCUAUAAAUUAUAUUUGUUUGGAAAAUUUAAGCAGCAGGCAAACACACACACAGCAGAAAAGAGAACUCUGAACAAUGCCGGAGGAUCUGAUGAUCCCUGCGGGGCACUACAAAGUGCGAAAGCGUUUCCGCCAGGAGGAGGUGACGCGCAAGAAGCGCGAUAUACCCUGGCAGAAGAGGGUCUUGGAUCUGGACAACAAUCAAGUUUUUGGCCGCACUGCCUGGGCGUGGUUCCGAAUCAUUGGAUUCUACCUAUUUCUGUACUUCCUGAUAAUGUUCCUUAUGGGCAUUUGGUUUAUCAUAUUCAACUUUGCGCUUAUUCCCAAGGAUCAUCCCAAGUGGCUGAAGGGAGCGCCGGGAUUUUCGGUUGUGCCGGGCAACCUCUCCACAAUAUCGUGGUACACGCAUCUGGAGAAGCAGAUCUACCCGAUAGCCGACACCAUCGAAGCGGCGCUGAGCAACCUGCACGACAAUGCGGAGAAGUUCUUUCACGAGUGCAACAAUGACACGCUCUGGGGAUACGGGGAGGCGAGAACGCCCUGCUUCUUCGUCAAGAUGAACAAGGUGUACGGAUUCAAGCCCGAUACGUACGAGACCAUCGAUGAUCUGCCAUCCAAUGCGCCCGACGAGCUCACCGAUGUACUCGGCAAAUAUGGCGGCAAGAGCCGGGUCUGGCUGACGUGCAAGGUGACCAAGGGUCCGUCGCCCACGAUGGACUACAUUCCGGGACCCUACUACGAUGCCUCCAGCAAGAUGGAGGGAGUAACCCGCAUGGUAGGCGUUAAGCUAAAGGAUAUGCCCCAGAACAAGGAGGUGCAAAUCACGUGCAAAGUCUGGGCAAAGAACAUCGACGUCGACGAGAAGAUUCCCGGCAUGGGAAACGUCAAAAUCGUCCUUCGCAUGCGGGUGGAUGAUGAGAAGCGGGCCCUUUCUCCAUCAUUAAAAAGGGUCACGAUUAUGCGAAGGGUUUUACGUCCGCCUUCCACCACCAGCACCGUUCGGACACAGCAGAAAGCGGUGACAGCAAUUCCGACAGAGAUUCCCAAAAAAGAGGAGGAUCAGGAUCAGGAACAGAAAGAUCCUGAUGAUGCAGAGCAAGGAGAGGGGAAAGAGACCAACGUUCGCUCCAACUCGACUCGGGAUACAGUGACAGUGACAGUAACAGAAACGAGUCCGCACAUAAAUACAGACACAGUCACGGAGAGUUCUAAAGAUGAGGAUGAUGCGGAGAACACGGAUGAACAAGAUGAAGAGACGGAUAGCCUGGAAGAUGAGCCAAAGAAAGAUGCACCCAAUAUAGACAAAAUUGUAAAGAGUAUGAGAAAAUCAACGGUGACUGAAAGUCUGAAAGAAAAGUAUGUGAGGAAACCCCCAAAAGAAGUGGAAGAAUCGGAGGAUCAGGAAGAAGAGGAAGAAGAAGAGGAAGAGGAAGAAGAAGAGGAAGAAGACGAGGCAGACGACGAGGCAGAAAAAUCGAAAGCAACGAAAGUUACAGUUACAUCAAGUGGGAAGCAAAGGAAAAUGAUGGAGAGUCCGGAAAAACAGACGGCGACAGCAGGUCCGAAGCAAAACAAAGUGACGGUGCCUCAAAAAGGUUGGAAUAUGCCAAAGAAUCAGAAUGCGAAAAUCGAAGAGGACACCACAACUCAUUCCACUCGGAAACCAAAAAAACUAAAAGUGAAACAAGAGCUACUCUAA